UGACGACCAUUACCGUGUUCUUUGUUUUAUCUUUCUUCACUCGAAAACCACCGCCCCCGCCCUCCGCCGGCGGGAAAAAAGCAAAAUCCGAUAGCUCUUCUAACACUUCCAAAAUUUCCGACCAUUUUUCCAUACAGAUAACAAUAACAUGUCUCUCUCAUUCUCCUCUUUCCUUCCUCCAGUUCCUCCCCCUUACAUCAGCAGCCGCACUUCUCCACAUCUCCAUCCCAUUUCCCCUUCCGCCGCCGCCGCCGCCCCGCCGUCUCCCCGGCGACACUGGAAGCAAGGAGAAUUUCCAGGAACCACAUCCAUCCCCGACACCGCCCGCCGCCGCGUGCCUCUCAAAACCAUCAAGAAGAAACUGGACCGCAGGGAAAACGCCAAGGCCUGGGCCAACACUGUCACCGAAUCCCUCUCCGACUCCAUAGCCAACAAACAAUGGCAGCGCGCCAUCGACGUCUUCCAAAUGCUCAAGCAGCAGCCUUUCUACCAACCCAAAGAAGGCACGUACAUGAAACUCCUCGUCCUCUUGGGCAAAUCGCUCCAGCCAGCUCUCGCCCACCAACUGUUCGACGAAAUGCUCGAACAGGGCAUCCCGCCCACCCCUGAACUCUACACCGCCCUCCUCGCUGCCUACUGCCGCAGCAACCUCAUCGAACGAGCAUUCUCCAUCCUCGAAGACAUGAAAUCGUUGCCGCAUUGCCAGCCCGAUGUCUUCACCUACAGCACCUUGCUCAAGUCCUGCGUCGAUUCGUCCCGAUUUGACCUCGUUGAUCAAAUCUACCUCGACAUGGACCAACGCCUCAUUUCCCCCAACACCGUCACCCAGAACAUCGUCCUGGGGGCGUAUGGGAAAGCCGGUUUGUACGACCAAAUGGAGAAAGCCCUCUCUUCAAUGCUCGUCAACCCGAAUUCGAAACCCGACGUAUGGACAAUGAACAUAAUCCUUGCUGUGUUCGGAAACAAGGGUCACAUCCAGCUGAUGGAGAAGUGGUACGAGAAGUUCCGUGACUAUGGCAUCGAACCCGAGACUCGCACCUUCAACAUCCUCAUCGGAGCUUACGGUAAAGCCAGGAGGUACGACAAGAUGUCGUCGGUGAUGGAGUACAUGCGGAAGAUGGAGAUCCCCUGGACUAGCUCGACAUACAACAACGUGAUCGAGGCGUUUGCAGACGUGGGUGACGCGAAGAACAUGGAGUACACGUUCGAUCAGAUGCGUGCCGAGCGGAUGAAGGCGGAUUCGAAGACAUUCUCGUGUCUAGUCGAGGGUUAUGCAAAGGCAGGCGUGUUUCACAAGGUGAUUUCCACGGUUCAGCUGGCAGCUAGGCUGGACAUAGCGAAGAACACUGCGUUCUACAACGCGGUGCUGUCUGCGUGCGGGAAAGCAGGGGAUUUGCUGGAGAUGGAGAGGGUUUACGAGAGGAUGAAGGAGGAGAAGUGCGAAGCGAAUGGCAGGACUUACGAGGUGAUGAUCGAAGCGUAUCGGAAAGAAGGGAUGAAUGACAAGGUGUACUAUCUGGAGCAGGAGAUGCAAGCCAACGGGAAAGCGUCUUCUGGGUAGUUCUGAAUAUGCAUUUUUUCCAAAAAGGAUUCAGUUUCUGAACAAUGCAACCAAGAAAUGUGGCAUGCUUGCUGCUGCAGAAUGAUGACCGAGUUACUUCAGGUAGUAAUUCACAAGCUACAUUUCAAACCCUGAGUAUGCAGUGGUGGGGAAAAGGGAACUACAGAGUAAGAAGCAAGAUGAUGCAGAAUCUCGAAUCUACGGGUUCCAGAGACCAGAUUAGAGGCAAUGGAUGGAUGACAAGCUUUGCUGAAACCGCUGCUUUUGAGCAUAUUGAUGGAGGUAUUGUAAAUUUAUGUGCUAAUUUUAUCGUGAUUAGGUGUUAUAAUUAGUCUUUCUGAUUCCAAAACUGAAGAGGGGAAAAGUUUGUUAGUCACGCUUAUGUGCAAUCAUCAAAGCGAGCGUCUUCCACGGAUGAUAUGGAAUGAUUCCAUAAUGUAAUUUACCAUUUUCCUCUCAUAGUUGACCGUCUCAUCCACCUUUCCUUCCAAAUUUGGAAAUUUGGAGGGAUAAUUUUUCAUGGGUUGGAGUUAGAGGUGUGCAACGGGUCGGUUCGUAUCAGAUUGUUGCGUACCAAAUUGAUGCUUGGACCUGACCAAACGGAGUUGAGUAUAACAUGUUUCGGU